GGAAGGUAGCCUCUACGUGUGGCUGUGGGCCUCCUCCCUGGACUACGGCCUGUCUGUGUGGGACCUAGUCCUCUUCUGCAUCCAUCAGCAUUAACCAUUAGUGUGCUGCCAUAGGACUUGGCUGACGGGGCUGAGAGCCAAUAUGUCCUCUUACAAAGUGCGUUUGUACAAGGAAUCUGACCAUCGUACGGUCCAUGAGAUCUUCACAUCCGGUUGUCAUGAACACAUCUCUCCAGCUUUCUACAACGCCUUAAAGCAACCUCACAACUCACUUCUACUCUUGGUGGGACUCGUUCUUCCACUGGUCACUAAUGGAUCCAUCCUGUUCUCCAUCUUGGUUGGGGUCAUUCUGUUGCUCAUGUUAUGGCUCCCCGGUAGAGAGUUUUUCCUUUAUCAUCUUAGGCAUGGUCUGGCCGGAGAUUUGAAGAACAUUAGUAAACAUUAUCUAGAGAGGGAAGGUUAUUGCUUCUGGGUGGUGGAGCUACAAGGAGAAGCUGUGGGCAUGGUGGCCGCUAUCCCAUACAUUACCCCUCAGGAGAGGAGCGUGGAGCUGAAGAGGAUGUUCGUUUCUCGUGCCCACAGAGGCAAAGGGCUCGCCAAAUUAUUAUGCAGUACAGUGAUUGACUUUGCACGGAGGAGUGGGCGUCAUGCGGUGAUCCUAACCACCACGGCCAUACAGGUUGACGCCAGGCGACUCUAUGAGAAGAUGGGCUUCAAGAGUGCAGACCUAGCUCCAUACAACCCAGUACUAAACCUCGUCGGCAUGCCUUGGGUUGGUUACAGAUAUGAUAUCCCCUCCAGUAGAUGAUCCUCUUGGAUUAUGUCCCUUUUGGUAUUGUUUCUGGUUUCUCAUGUGAUUCAUGCAAUGGAGUUUUGAGUUGUCCUUCAUUUUUUGUAUGUCCACCCUUGAUCUGUAGACAUCAUUGUUAUAUAAUCAGUAGGGUUCAGGAAAGUGAAGAUCCACAAGGGGACUGUUUACAUGAUUUUGAGAUAUUAAUAGACUAAUCUAAUGUGACUCCAGGUCCGCAAAGGGUUGCCAAGGAAAUUACAUUGUAUAAAUCAAUAAAGGAAACCUUUGCCAGCUCCACCAUAUUCUGUGCUGCAGUGAUGAUGUCAUGUAGAGAAUUACAACCUCAGUAAUGAUGCUGAUAUGAAUACAUAGGCCAUCAACAUUAAAAUCCUGGAUGACCCCAUUAGGGAUGAUCAAGAGAGGCCUUCAUGUAUAUAGCGUUGGAGAAGCUUGGGAGGUGCAGAAGAAGCUCUACUUACCCAGUGGUCUCUAGUAGACAUUCAGUACUUGGGGCCCAAUAGUUUCUACAUCUUUUGACUACAGUUCUUGUAAAGCUCAGAUCUUCUCCAGUUAAGUGGUUUUACUAUUAACCCCCUCAGCC